AUGAGGCUCCAAACUAAACUGCACACAAACUAUCUACCAAUUAUCAUGGAUCCCAUACUAGGUGGUUCCUCCACACCCGCCGAUGAUCUUAACUCAGCCUCUCCCGCCGCUGCCGUGUCGCACUGGGCCUUCACAAUUUCUCAGCAGUACCAGCACCUCCUGGACAAGUCUACUCCGUACGUGCUCUACCGGUGGAUUGCGUUCCUCUUCAUCGCUUUCGUGUCGACCCUGAAUUCUCAGACGGUCAGACCCUCCCCACUCGAGGCUCCGACGAGUUUCGACCGUUCGUUCGCCGCCUUCCAGAGUUCAAAUUUUGGUACUCGAUCACCAAAGCCUUCUGUAUUGCUUUUGCGUUGA